UAACCUCCCUGGCGGUAUGCUCGGGGUAAAGUUUCAGUACCACAAGCGGUAACCCCGAGCUACACUCGGACUUACCAUGCAGCGCUGCUCUGCGAUCUCUGGAUCACUUACCUUGUCCUGCGCUCCCGCGAUGUCCCUCCUGCAGUGUCCCCGGCAAUGUAAUCCAGCGGAUGCCGGCAUCUGUGAGCGUCGGGACGUAUGGGGGACGGAACGGCGGGAAAUUUGAAAAUGACAAGAAGUGACUUUCACUAAAAUCACCAUAGUAAAACAUUACUGUAUCAAACCAUUUCACAUAUAU